CCCCCCAGCCCCGGCCCCAGAUGGGGCUCCGCCCUGGGGCUGCUCUCCAAGGCUGGGCCUGGGGGUCAGUAGAAGCUGCUGCGUUCUCAGGGAUGCACGACAGCAUGUCCACGAUGGUGUACAUCAAGGAGGACAAGCCGGAGCGGCUCACCCAGGACGAGAUCAUGUCUAAGACGAAGCAGGUCAUCCAGGGGCUGGAAGCGCUCAAGAACGAGCACAACUCCAUCCUGCAAAGCCUGCUCGCGACGCUGAAGUGCCUGAAGAAGGACGACGAGAGCAGCCUGGUGGAGGAGAAGUCCGGCAUGAUCCGCAAGUCGCUGGAGAUGCUGGAGCUCGGCCUGAGCGAAGCACAGGUCAUGAUGGCGCUGUCCAACCACCUGAACGCCGUGGAGUCGGAGAAGCAGAAGCUGCGCGCGCAGGUCCGCCGGCUCUGCCAGGAGAACCAGUGGCUGCGGGACGAGCUGGCCAGCACGCAGCAGAAGCUGCAGAGGAGCGAGCAGUCGGUGGCGCAGCUGGAGGAGGAGAAGAAGCACCUGGAGUUCAUGAACCAGCUGAAAAAAUACGACGACGACAUCUCCCCGUCGGUGAGUGGCAUGAGGGCCGGGGCGCCGGGCACUCCCUGGCGGCGGUCGGCGCUCGGGGGGUGGCAGCCACGACGCCACCAGGAAACGCUGAACGUGUGUUUCUCGUUUAGAGACCAGAACAAGUACAAAGACGCGGCCAACCUGCUCAACGACGCCUUGGCCAUCCGCGAGAAGACGCUGGGCAGAGACCACCCUGCGGUGGCGGCGACGCUGAACAACCUCGCGGUGCUCUACGGCAAGAGAGGGAAGUACAAGGAGGCUGAGCCGCUGUGCAAGCGCGCCCUGGAGAUCAGGGAGAAGGUCUUGGGCAAGGACCACCCCGACGUGGCCAAGCAGCUGAACAACCUGGCCCUGCUGUGCCAGAACCAGGGCAAGUACGACGAGGUGGAAUACUACUACCAGCGGGCGCUGGACAUCUACCAGACCCGGCUGGGCCCCGACGACCCCAACGUGGCCAAGACCAAGAACAACCUGGCCUCCUGCUACCUGAAGCAAGGGAAGUUCAAGCAGGCGGAGACCCUGUACAAGGAGAUCCUCACUCGCGCGCACGAGAGGGAGUUCGGCUCCGUGGACGGUGAGACGCCCCGGCCCCGGCAGCACUGUGGCCGCCCGCGUGAGCUCGGUCGGGCCCCUGGCGUCUGGGCGAUGUCCGCACAGCCUGGAGGCGUGGCCCGGCUCCUGCCUGCGCAGCAGCCCCUCCCCCCUUGGCGGCCCCGCGCCAGGCGCCCCUGCUGCUGCCGCCUUUGUCCCUGUCUCCCUCCGCCGGGAGCUUCAGGAGCGGCCGCUGCCCUCGUGUGGGAGCCGGGGGCGCGGGGGGCUGCUGGGGGGCGCGGGGGGAUGCCGGCUGAGCAGUGUUUGCUGGAAGCCAUUUCUGAGGAGUCUUUCAGGGGACCGCGGCUGUGUGUGCCUGUGCUUGUUUACAGCCCCACGGUCACGACGACUUUAAAAAACCUCGGGGCACUUUACAGACGUCAGGGCAAGUUUGAGGCUGCCGAGACGUUGGAGGAAGCGGCCAUGAGGUCACGGAAGCAGGUCAGUCAGGCGCAGGUGGCCAUGUCCCCCCAGUGCCGCCGAGCCAGGCUCCCUCCUGCCUGGAGGUCGCGGCCGCGUCACGGAGGCUUCCAGAGCGCCGCCGAGCACUGGCCCUGGUGCGAGCCCGUGGCCUCCGUUGCUGCCCAGCCCCCUGCGAGUUUCUGUGAGGCGCCCACACUGUCCUCAAGGCCAGCGGGCAGCCUUGGCGCGCACGGCGCACGUCAGCUGAGCAGGGCCGUGAGCGGGCUGGAGCUCCAGCGGGCAGCCCCGACGGCCCUCAGCAGGCCUGAGCAGCUUGGGUGGGGGGAGGCGGCGCCCGCGGGUGCCCCCUAG